ACAACAACUAUCGUCAGCAGCAGCGUGCAUGUAAACACGUGUGAGACGGAUGCAUGUGGUCGUAUGAGAACUGUUUGUCGAUUCUGAUUCACUAGAUAAAAUACAGAUGAAAGAUGGGUGACUUAUCGGAGGAUUUUGACAAGAAGAAAAGCCACAGUCAGCGGCAUGCUGGGCGAAAGGCGGAGAAAAAGGAAGCUAAAAACAAACAUGUCCAAGAGUUAACACCCCAGCAACGCAACCCAAAAGCUUCUGCCUUCCAGUCUGCUGUUAAAGCUCAGCGGAAAUUUGCAAGGUCUCAAGACAUCAAAUCCAAGAAGCAUCACAUCCCUGUCGUUGAUCGCACUCCACUUGAGCCUCCACCUGUUAUUGUGGCUGUGGUGGGUGGACCCAGGGUGGGAAAAUCCACACUCAUGCGAUGUUUGAUAAAGAACUAUACCAACCAAAGAUUUUCUGAAAUCACUGGUCCUAUCACUGUUGUUGCAGGGAAAAAGCGGAGGUUAACAUUUAUAGAAGUAAAUAAUGAUAUCAAUUGCAUGAUUGACAUUGCUAAAGUUGCUGACAUUGUCCUGAUGCUGAUUGAUGCCACAUUUGGAAUUGAAAUGGAAAUUUUUGAAUUCCUGGAGAUUUGCAGAGCACAUGGUACUCCUCGAGUUAUGGGGGUACUGAAUCACCUAGAUAUGCUUAAAGAUAACAAAUCACUCAAAAAAAGGAAGAAGUCUCUGAAGCACAGAUUUCAAGUUGAACUUUACCCUGGUGCAAAGCUUUUCUAUCUUUCUGGUCUAAUUCAUGAAGAAUACUUAAAAAAUGAAAUCAAGAAUCUUGGUCGAUUCAUAUCUGUAAUGAAAUUUCGGCCACUUACCUGGCGCACUACUCAUCCUUUUGUAAUUGUUGACAGAUAUGAGGACAUCACAAACCCUGAAACCCUGAGGACAAAUUCCAAAUGUGACCGUAAUGUUGUGCUGUAUGGAUAUGUGCGAGGGAUCCCCUUUCACCAGUUUCAGCCAGUUCACAUCCCAGGUUGUGGAGACUACAAGCUUAAAGACAUUAGCUUCUUACCUGACCCAUGUCCACUCCCGGAACACAUGAAGAAGAGGGCAUUGAAUGCUAAGGAGAGGCUCACUUAUGCACCAUUAUCUGGUGUGGGUGGAGUGGUUUAUGAUAAAGAUGCUGUGUACAUAGAUCUUGGAGGAUCACACCAUGGAAACAAAAAUAAAAAUAUAGCCAAUGAAAGUGAAGAUGAGGAUGAUGUCUUUCAACCACUGCUAGAUCUGCAGAAGACAACAGAUGAGAAGCAAGCCCAGAGCCAAAUCCAGCUUUUCCCUCAGUCCAAAUUUAUUGGAAAUGAUGAUUUUAAUGAAGAGCAAGGGGAUAAUCCAGAAAUAUUUAAGGAUGGCUCUGGUAGAACUGUUGAAACUGUAAAGGACAGUACUGGCAGAAUUAGAAGAAGACCCAUAUUCUCAGAUGGAUUGGAAGAUGAGGAUAGCAAUGAUGAUGAUGAAGAAUCUGAAAGUGAUGAAAGUAUGAGUGAUGAAGAAGAGUCAGAAGAAGACGUAAGUAAUGAAAUGGAGCCUCCAAGAAAAAAAACAAAGAGCACUUCACAUGUGAAAGAAGACACCCAUAAGAGCAGUUCUGGUAGUGAUUCUGAAGACUAUGACUUGGAUGCAGAUCUGAAGGAGGUUCAGAAAACUCAAGCAGUUCAAGACAGUCAAAUUGAAUCUCUCCUUACAAACAGAACUGAAACAUCAACCCCACAUAGAACUCCACACUUGAAAAACAAUAGUAGCUCUUCAGUGACAGCUAAACUUCAAGGAUUAUUAGAAAAGAUAAGCACAUCAACAUCUCAGCAACUAAAAACUAAUGAUACUCAUGACAUGUCUGAUGAAAAAGAACUUUCUGAAAACAAGCCAGAUGAAGAUGAUAGUGAUGAAGAUGACACAGAUGGUGAUGAGGAUGUCAAAGCACAGUACCGCAAGAUGAUGCUCAAACAAGCCUCAUCAGAUUUUUACAAAAGUCAAAGUACUGUAUCAUUUCUACGAAAGUUCAUAUACACGGAUUUAAAAGAAGAAGAGGACAGUAGUAGUGAAGAGGAUGACAAUAACAUUGGAGGUCUGUUCUACAAAGUAUCACAAUCAAAAUCCAGCAAACAUUUAUCCCAGACAGCAAUGGAUGAAGUUGAUACAAGUCGUUACAUUCCCCCAGCUCUCCGAGACUGGAGCAAGGAUGAGGUAUUCAACUCCAUCAAAGAUUGCUUUGUGACUGGAGAAUGGAAGGAAAGUGAAAAUGCUCAAACUCUUCUCAAAAUGGAUGAUGAUGGUGAUAUUUUUGGAGACUUUGAAGACCUUGAAUCAGGAAAGAAGUUUACAGCAGAUUCAGCAGAAGCAAACAAGGAAGAAAUUGAUGAGAAUAUAGUCCCACAACAUGAGGAUAAAGAAAAAAGUGCAAAAGAAAAACUCAUUGAAAAAAAGAGACGAUUAAAAGAAAUGUUUGAUGCAGAAUAUGAUGAGAAGGGUAAUGGAGAUCAUUUUGACUCCUUGAAGGCUGAAAUGAGUCAGCAGGCUCAGCUGAACCGUGCAGAGUUUGAAGGCUUAGAUGAUGAAGCAAGAGUACAGUAUGAAGGCUACCGGCCAGGGAUGUAUGUGCGCAUGGAGUUUGAUAAGUUUCCGUGUGAGUUCAUCACCAACUUCAAUGCCAGCUACCCAGUCAUUGUAGGAGGCCUCCUUGAAAAUGAGAGCAACAUGGGAUUUAUCAGGAUACGAAUCAAACUACAUCGUUGGUAUCCAAAGAUUCUGAAGAAUAGAGAUCCAUUGAUUCUUUCACUUGGAUGGCGCCGCUUCCAAACCUUAAUGUACUAUGCCAAGAGGGAAGACAACUUCAGGAUGCGCUCCCUUAAAUAUGCUCGUAAAUACAUGCAUGUGGAGGCUAUGUGCUGGGGGCCAAUUACUGCUAUUAAUACAGGAUUCGUUGCCCUCCAAAACAUCACAGAUAGAGUGCCUGAAUUUCGCAUUGCUGCUAAUGGAGUUGUAUUGGAAGCAGACCAAAGUUGUAAGAUAGUGAAGAAACUCAAGCUGAUGGGCACUCCAGAGAAAAUUCUGAAGAAGACAGCUUUCAUAAAAGACAUGUUUCAUUCAGACACUGAAAUUGCUAAGUUUGAAGGAGCAAAAAUUGAGACUCAGUCUGGUAUUCGGGGUAUCAUCAAGAAAUUUCAAGGAGACAGAGGACACUUCCGUGCUACUUUUGAAGAUGUAAUUAAAAUGAGUGAUGUGAUCAUUCUGAAGACAUGGGUACCUCUAGAGAUGGCAAAGCACUGCUUUCCUGUCCGCACACUGUUGCUGCCACCCAGUGAAAAGGCAGCUUGGCAGGGGAUGAAGACAGUGGCCCAAGUGAAAAAGAACAAAGGGAUAAAGAAUCUAGCAAAUCCUGAUUCCUUGUAUACACCAAUCACCAAGCGCCGUGAGUAUGUACCACUUCCACUGAAGGUUCCCAAAGAACUCCAGAAGGCUCUACCAUAUAGUGAGAAGCCGAAGAUCACUCCAAAAGCUGCCAAAGAACAACGAGUCAUAGUUGUGAAAGAUCCCAAGGAAAUAGAGAUGGAUAGUUUCAUGAAGCGGCUGAAGACAAUGAUGGAAGACAAGAUUCAAAAGGAAGAGAAAGAGAAGGAAGAGCGUAGAAAGAAGUUCCAGAAAGAUAUUGAUGACCGUGAACAUAUGCGUCAAGUAAGAGAAAAACGAAAGAAGGCUGCAGCCUGCAGAAUCAAGAGUAAAAAGUAUGGGAAGAAAGACAUUGUUUAAGGUGUAUACUUUGUAUUCAUUUACAAACACACACAUACAUACCUGACUGACAUCCACUGCAAAGAGGGAGUGUCUGAAGCAAGAUGCCCAUCUUCAGAUUUGCAAUCACAGUCACAUCCACAAGUAUUCUUUUACAUCAGAGAUGCAAGGCUUCAAAGAGGGAAAAGAUCAAUCUUCAUUGAUCACACUGUGUGGAGUUCAUUUGCACAGAUACCCCAGUCUUUAUGUAUCAGGGCCCAAUAACAGAAUCGGUCUACUCUUGCUUCACCAUAACAGUUAUCACAGGAAUGAAUGGAUCCUUGGAAUGAGUCAGGCAAGUGUAAUGAGUCCUUGAUCAUGAUGUAGGUAGUGAUGAGUAUGAAAACUGCAGGUUUGGAUGAUUGUGCUGUCAGAUGUUUAAAGAGUGGCAAAUGACUCUUGUUCUAUGGUUGAUGAAAAUGCUAAUUGUGUGUUUCAUGAGUGGUAUAGCACUGAUUGAUCAGACAAGUGCAUGUGAGAUUCUUUUGUAUAAAAGUGUUAUAAGUAUGAAUGUUUUAGUUUUUCUCAAUUUAUAAACUGUUAAUGUACUGAAAUAAUGGAAGAAUGUUUGUUGUAUGUUGACAUUAACCCAAAAGUUACAAGCUGAUUUCACAUAUUGAAAGUACCUAGCCUACUUAUAGUGAAAACAUGAUGUACAUAUAACAUAAACAUUUUGGAGAAAA